ACACGAGCGAGUGAUGAUAAACAGUUGCGGAUACACGGAGCUCUUCGCUAACGUAAGGGCAGUCCGCGACUAUAUUGUGGACUCGGUUAACGAGAAACAUCAUUCAACCUGCAUGGUUCCUCCUGGCAUGCAGAAGAAACGUGCGGCUCUUGCCGCACGACAGAGCUCGUGCGACGAGUUUGGUGCUGUGAAGAGGCUGCUGCUGUGCGGCGUCGCCUUCCACCGGAUGCUCCCCGCGUCCACUCCCGCUGGGAACGGCUCGUCGUCCGCAGAGUCGGCCAUAGUGGACAACGGGACAACUGCUGCGUUGUGCCCCCUUGUAAAGGAAAUGAAGUACUGCAUGUACUCGGCCAUCCACGACUCCGGGUGCCCGAAGAACGCAUUCCUCAGCACGGAGAUAUUGCUGCUAAGGAAGCGUCUUCUAGAGGAAUUUGAUAGCGUGUGCGACUAUGUGCCGCUCUGGACCUACAAAAGCAGCGAUCGCACGCCAAAUCAACUAGGAUGCGAGCUGAAGGAGUUUACCGAGGAGUGGGAGAUGUGCGAUGCGACCCAGGGAUCAAAGGUCACUGACUUCUACUGGAAAGGCCCCAUACUGCGUGGCAAGCGCACCGUCAGCGGCCGUCAGCGCAAAAAGCUAUGCAGCGACCUGCUCGGCCAUCAGCGGUGCAUGCAGGAAUCGGCGACCAGGCAUCACUGCCCGGAGCUGGCCACGGAUCUUGUGGACUUAGGCGGGGCGGAACUGCUCGGAAGGAUUGGCCUUUUGGCGUGUGCCUCUUCUUCGUCCAAUACUCAACGGGCAGCGAUGUUGCUGCUUGCAGCAGGACCGGCACACUUGCUAGCACGCCGACCCACUGCUGUGUGCUAGCCGGAUCAGCCACAGGAAUAAUAAAUGGCACCAGACU